GAUGCCUGGCAUUGGUCCUGGUGCAUAGAUAGUGCCUGGUGUGUGAAAUGCUGUUGUUCUGUCUAACUCACUGAAGCCUCUCCGUGCCUUUUGCUCUUUGAGAGAUGUUGGUUGUAUUGUCUUUGUCCAGUGGUAAAAUCCCAAAGGGAAAAGGGAUGUUAGGAGCCGAGUACAGGGUGAAGUGAUGUGCGUGGUCACGUUCAUCAUCCUACUUGGGAGUAGAGGAGAGAGCCUCACAUCUGGGGACUUUGGGAAGGCUUCACAAAGCAGGUGGCAGCCAAUCAGAGUGAUGGAGAGCUUGCCAGGAGGACAGGAGGAGCAAGCAUUCCAGGCACAGAUGGGGACACUGAGGCCCGACUGGUGAAGUCCCUUGCCAAGGUCACACAGCUAAUGCCAAGCUCUGGAGUUUGUAUGUUUUUUGCUGUGCCUUGCGGCAUGUGGGAGCUUAGUUCCCUGACCAGGGAUCGAACCUGUGACCCCUGCAGUGGAAGCGCGGAGUCUUAACCACUGGACCGCCAGGGAAGUCCUCAAGCUCUGGUUUUUGUUAACCUCAGUAUUCCUGGCUCCUAGAACAGUGCCUCACACACAGCUCCAGGGAGCAGAGUGAAGGCGAGGGAGACAAUGGUCUCUGUAACUAUGGCCACUUCCGAGUGGAUCCAGUUCUUUAAGGAAGCCGGCAUUCCUCCGGGACCUGCUGUCAAUUACGCAGUGAUGUUUGUGGAUAACAGGAUCCAGAAGAGCAUGCUGCUGGAUCUCAACAAGGAGAUCAUGAAUGAGCUGGGCGUGACUGUGGUGGGCGACAUCAUUGCCAUCCUCAAGCAUGCCAAGGUGGUGCACCGCCAGGACAUGUGCAAAGCUGCCACUGAGUCGGUGCCCUGCAGCCCCAGCCCCCUUCCAGGCGAGAUUCGCCGAGGCGCCUCUAGCGCCGCCUCCCGGAUGAUCACCAACAGCCUGAACCGAGACUCCCCACCUGGCACUCCCCCCAGGCGGCCGGACACCAGCACCUCCAAGAUCUCUGUCACUGUGUCCAACAAGAUGGCAGCAAAGAGUGCCAAGGCUGCCGCAGCCCUGGCCCGCCAGGAGGAGGAGAGCUUGACUGGUCCCACCAAGCGGCGCCGGGUCACGGCCGAGAUGGAGGGGAAGUACAUUAUCAACAUGCCCAAAGGCACCACUGCCCGGACCCGUAAGAUCCUGGAGCAGCAGCAGGCAGCGAAAGGUCUCCACAGGACGUCUGUGUUUGACCGCCUUGGCGCCGAGACCAAGGCAGACACGACGAUGGGGAAUAAACCCACAGGAGUCUUCAGCCGCCUGGGGGCCACCCCAGAGACCGACGAGGAUCUGGCUUGGGACAGUGACAACGACAGCAGCAGCUCUGUCCUGCAGUAUGCCGGGGUCCUGAAGAAGCUAGGCCGGGCCCCAGCCAAAGCCAGUCCCCAGCCCGCACUAACUGUCAAAGCCAAGGCCACAAGCUCGGUGGCAACGGCCGCUGCCCCAACGCUGCGGCGCCUGGCAUUUUCCUCACGACCUGGGCUCGAGAGGAAGCCGGAGUCCCUAUCCAAAGUCAGCAUCGUCCAGAGACUGGGCAAGGCUGCCCUCGUGCCGGAGGCCCAGGACAGCCAGGUCACGAGCACCAAGAGUAAGUCCUCGGCUGAGGUCAAGGUCACCAUUAAGAGGACUCUGGUGGGGCCCCGGGGAAGCAGCUCCAGCGAGGGCCUUGGUGCCCAGAUGGACCACGCGGGCACUGUGAGCGUGUUCAAAAGACUGGGCCGCAGGACCUUCUAGCCCAAGGGCAGGGCGCAGGCCCCUCUCCAGCCUCCAGGCUCCAUCAGAGUCUUCAGCGAGGGCGCGCGCACGCCCCCUGCCGGCUGCCGGGUGACACUGCUUGUCUCCCUCAGGCAUUCCGCCAGCCUGAGCUUCCUGGGGAUUCGCCCGGUGUUUCUGAGUCUGAGACGCUCAUUGUGGCCCGGCCUUGCCGCUCUGGGACUUUCCCUUCUCUCGCAUCCUCUGUUCUCUCCUCUCUGACCGUGGCCUUGGCAGGACACACUUUUCUACCUCUCCAAGUGCCAAGUGCCCUUUUCCUGUCCUCCAUUCCCCAUCCUCCCUCUCAGCAACAUCUGCUGCCUCAAACCCCGGCUCCGGGCCUCCCUGUCCCCCAGGGUGGGUGUCGUCUGAAGGGGCUCCCGUAUCCCCCACCCCCCUGGCUUCCUCACUUCCCUCCCUCCUCUGCCCCCUGCCCCCGAUGCUUUGACUUCUCUCUCUCCGUCUCUUCACUCUGUUCAUUUCUUUUCUGUUUUCUGUCCCUGUGGCAAGGCCCGACUGUCCGCUGCGUCCUGCCUGACCCUCCUGCACCUCCGGCCUCCCAGCGGCCCCCUCGUCGGCGGCGGUGGCGUCGAGCCUGUAGAGACUGUUAGCUGCCGUCACUCCUAGGCUGGAGGGACCUCCCCAGACCCCAGGCUGCAGCUGGGGCACCUGCCUGGGCAUCUUUUUCCCUGAAAGUCGGUGGCGGGUGGUGGGUAAGGGGCACUAAGAAGGGAAGCCAGCACCGAGAGAAGAAAACAGCUAUUUUAAUAUAUUUUUGUGACUUUCAGACUGUUUCCCUCCCCUCCUUCAGGGCGAGUCGCAGGACUGUUUUUCUGCAUGAAGCAUAGUGCGGGCGGGGCACCCACGAAGGGUUGGGCCUCGUCUCUGAGCGUCAAGCUCCCCACAUACAUAGGUGGGCCGUGUUUUUGCUGCAGGCCCCGAGGUGAAGGGAGUCACGGUCAUGGUCAUCAUCUAGUUGGGCCUCCUCCUCCCCUCGGCAACGCGCAGGGCUUCUGUCCCUCUGCCCUCCCCUUCCACAGAUUUCCCCUGUUUCUGCCCCUCUGCCUGUGGAUGGCUUUCCAGACUGCAGGCUUCAUUUGUGUGGGUGCCUGUGGAUUUGACCGUUUACCUACUCACCACUGCCCAGCACCUGCUCUGUGCCAGGCCUGUUCUAGGAGCUGGGGAUCCAUCCAUGAGCAAGGCAGACAAGUCUCUUCCCGCGUGGCUGACCUCUCUAGCCAGGGAGACAGGCGGUAAUCAGUAAACCACAAUUUGCCAUUUGAACCAUUUUUAAGUGUACUGUUCAGGGAGUGCCCAAAGAAUUGGAAGGGUGACUGCAAGUGACCAGAGCCUCUUAGAUGUUUGGGGCAAGAAGGCCUUUCAGAGGAGGUGACCUGUAGGGUGGCCUGUGUGCAGUUCAGGCAGAGGAAACAGCCAGGGCCGCAGCUCUGAGGCGGGACAGUGAACACGGAGAACACCAGCGUGGCUGGCAGGUGAGUGAGGGGCCGGAGGAAUCUGGACCUCCUCCCAAGAGUGCUGAGGAGUCUGGGGGGGGUUAAAGCAGGCAAGUGAUGGUCUGAGUUGCCUUUUACGAAGAUUGCUUGGGCCACUGUGAGGAGGACAAGUUGCCAGGAAGGCAGGGGCGGAGGCGGGGAGGCAGCGUGGGGAGAGAUGGUGGGUGGGGGAGGCAGUGGGUGGACCUUGGGUGCGCUUCGGAAGGGGCAGCAGGACUCUCCACAUGGGUGGAUUGGAAAUUGGGUCAAGGAGAGGGGCUGGAUCAUACCUAGAUGGAGGACUUGAGCAUCUAGAGGAAGGUGCUGUCUGUGGAGCCGGCUGGGGUGGGAGGGCGCUCAGCUGUCAGGCGUUGACUGAGAGGUGAGCAGGCUGCUGGGGCGACAGCUUGGGGGGUGCUCAGAGUACAGCCGUGUUCAAAGCUGAGGGCCUGGCGAUACCAGCUGGAAAAGGAUAUAGAGAGAGGAGGGGACCCAGAAGGGAGUCGGGGCCCUUUUCCCAUGUAGAGAACAGGAUCUGAUAAGGAGAUUACCAAGGAGUGGGCAAGGGGUUUGGAGGAGAACUCACUGCAGGUAAAGCUGAGAUUAGAACUCAUCCAUUUUUUUUGUUUUGUUUUCAUUGUGGUAAAAUAUACAUAACACAGAAUUUACCGUUUGCACCGUUUUUCAGCGUACUGUUCAGUGGCAUUAAGUACAUUCAUAUUGUUGUAUAACCAUUACCAUCAUCCAUCUCCAGACCUGUUUUUGUCUUCGUAAGUGAUCAUCCACUUAUUUUUAGGUUUUUAGUAAUGUCAUUUGGGGAGGCUGCUGUGUGUCAGGCAGCAUCCCAAGCACUGGGCCUGUGGUGUGAGGAGCCGGACUUCAGUAUGAGGGGCAGUGGUAGAGUGGUAGAGGGAGGACCCAUAGACCCCUUUCCUGGUGAGGCCCAGGCCAGACCCUCGUGGACCUUCUGGACCUCAGAAGGACGGCAAAGGACGGCAAUGUCAAGAAGAUUCCAGAGGCCGCCCUUUUGUGUCAGGGCCACAAGGGGGCGCUCACACAUAUACACAGGUUUCUUGCUGAUCUUCAACUCCUCUUUUUACCGCCCUCCCCUCCCCCCCAGUAAUUUCCUUGAGUUCCACUUCAUGGAUAAUUUUAGCAACUGCCAGGGUUAACUGGAAGAGUUCCAGUUACUAAAUUUAAGAGCACGGGGUAAUUUCUUGAUGUGUAAUAGGAACUGAAAUGAUAUAAAAGCACGUAUAGCUCACUUCUCACGAAAAGCUGAUGAGGUUAGUGGAGUCACUCCUGCUUCCUUCCAGAGGCGCAGAGGGGAACGAACUGCUGAAGUCCUCACCAGCUGGGAAGUGGCAGCCCUGGGCUUGCCAUCAGGGAGGUGGCCAGGAGCCUCGCCCUUUAGCCCCUGCCCUGUGCUGCCUCAACCGCAGAUUUGAGACAAGGCCCUUUUGGAAAGGGGAGGGUAGAGUCAUAGGAGAGUGGUUUUGGACUUGCUAUAGUUGUCUGUGUGUACAUGUUACCCUGCCCCCACCAACUUACCCUAGGGAGCAUUUGCAGCUCUGGGAGACCUCGGGCCAUGCCCAUCCUGCCACCGGCUGCCAGACAGGGUGGAGCCGGACACCUCCUUGGCCUCCUAGCCAGCCGCUCCAGAGUGCCAGUGUCCCACUCAUUUGAUAUGGCGUUUCCUCCAAACCAGCCCCAACAGCUGUGGCCCACAGGGGUGCAUUAUUUUUUCUCUGGUUCUGUGAAACGUAUUUGAGCAUAAGUAAUACAUACACAUGGUGCAAAAUGCCAAGAUACAAAGGGCUUCAUGGUGAAAAGUCUCUUCCCAAGUCUCCUAGCUCCCCAGUCCACUCCUCAGAGGCCACUAGUGUUACCAGUGUCUUGGAUAAGCCUUCCAGAGAUGUGUGUGUGUGCGUGCGCGUGUACACACACACACAUACAUUCACACAUAUAUACAAGAGGAACACACAGUGCACACAGUCGAGCACACACGCACGUUAACGGCCUAGCUUACUUACCCAAUCCUUUUUGGAAGGGAAUUCAGGUUGUUUCCAGUUCCUUGUUAUUACAAGUAGUGCUGCAAUGCAGAAAGGUGGGGUCGAUUCAGGGGUGAAUUUGAAGAACUCCAAUCAUAUCACUUUAGUGCAAACACUGUUAUUGGGUCACUAGCAGAUCUGAAUGAGGUUCUCCCCCAAGAUUAUUGGCACUCUUCAGUUGAUUUACUUAUACAUAUAUCACCCCAUUCCAAAAAGGAAUUAAGAGCAGUUGGACUCCUCUAAUUGGAGACCCCUGGAGGAAGCGGAUCAGGGGAUGCUAAGAGCUAAUAUGGACCACCACCUAGGAAGUAUAAAAUACGUGCUUUGCUAAGUUGAUAGGGCUUAAGAGGUGCUUUGUGCACUGGGGCCUGCCGUCCUGUGCUGCUUUUGGGAACCCUGCAGCCACCACUGUGUAGAUGAGCCUGGGCUAGCCUGCUGGAUAAUGAGAGACGUGAUAUGGCCAAAAAAGAAAAAAAGUAACGGGGGAACCCCAAUAUAUAAAACAUGCUUAAAACAGAAAAGCAGUCAUUUAUUAGCAUACAGUUAAAUGUUUAUUUUGCAUUAAUUCAUGCAAACAACACAAAAUUCAAAGGUACAAAAGGAUAUAUACAGUAAGACUGUUUUGUGCCCUACUGGGCAAAGACUAGCAAAAAAAAAUUAAAGUGUCAAGUGUUGGGGAAGAUUUGGAGUAAUAGGAGCGUCUAUACUGCUGUUGGAAUGUAAGUUGGUAUCAACCAUUUUGGAAAAUAGUUUGAUAGGUUGUAGUGUAAUUGAAGAUGACAUAUUCUCCAACCCAGUAACUACCCUUCUGGAGGAGCUUACGCAUGCACACAGGACGUGUAUCAGAAUGUUCAUAAGAUCACUGUUGUAAUGCCAUAAAAAACUUGGAAACAACCCAAAUAUCCAUCUGCUGGAGAAUGGGCAGAUUGUGACAUAGAUGUUCUAAUUAACUAAUGCAUAGUGAAUCACCUCAAUACUUAGUGGCUCAGAUCAAUAAUCAGUAUCUCUUACGGCUCUGGGUGCUGACUUGCGCAAUUAGACUGUGAUAACUUGGGCGCUCUCAUGCGCUUGCUGUAAGAUCUUGGCUGGGGCUGGCGUCCUCUUGAAAGCUUCCCCAGUCGUCUGAUGGUUAACCAAUACUGGCACUUAGAUAAAACCUGAGUGUGGGCUAUCAGCCAGAAUGCCUGCAUGUGGCCUGGGCUUCCUUACAACAUGGCAGCUGGGUUCAGAGAGCAAGCUUCUCAAGAGACUCAGGGAAAACUGUAUUGCCUUUUCUAACCUAGCAUUGGAAGUCACUCACAUUGCUUCACUUCUGCCAUAGUCACUAGCCCACCUAGAUUCAAGAGGGACUAUAGGCCUUACUUCUCAGUGACAGGAAUGUCAGUGUCUCAUUGUAAGAAGAGCAUAUGGACUGAGAGAUCAUGUUGUGAACACCUUGGAAAAUUAUAUAGGGUUGGCCAAAAAAUUCAUUCGGGUUUUGGUAAGAUGACAAGGAAAACGCUGAACGAACUUUUGGGCCAAUCCAGUACAUCGAUACUGGAUGUAUUACAUUAUGUAUUGGAUGUGGAGUAUUACACUUCAAUGAAAAUGAACUAAAGUUGUACAUAUCAAUAUGCAUAAAGCAAAACAUUAGGUGAUAAAAGCAAAUUACAGAAGAAUAUGUGUAGUUUUAAAAUAUGCAAAAUAGGGAGUUCCCUGGUGGCCUAGUGGUUAGGAUUUUGGGCUUUCACUGCCGUGGCCCAGGUUCAGCCCCUGGUCGGGGAACAGAUCCCGCAAGCCGCGUGGCCAACAACAAAAAAAGCAAAAUAAUGCAUAUUGGUUAUACAUACUUAGAGUGUAAUGGAAGUAUAAAAUGCGUGGGAAUGAUGAACUCCAAGUGUAGGACAGUGGAUCAGUUCAGGGGUGGGACGGGAUGUGACUGGAGGGGUGCACGUGGGGUCCAACUGUAUGGUAGUGGUUUUUAAAGUUGGGUGGUGGGCACACAGGUGUUCAUUGUGUUCAAAGUUUUAAUACUUUCUUGGUAUCUAUUACCAGUUCAAAAAAACCAAUUCUCUCUCCUACUGUAGAUGCCUCAGUCGUCCAGUUCCCCUCUCCAGGAGCAAUCAGUGUUACUGGGGUUUUACGUGUCCUUCCAGAAACAUUUCAUUUAUAAACAUAACUAUAUUUUCUCACUCAGAUGGUAGAAUAUAUGAUAGUUUUACACUUUGCUUUUUUUACUUAAUAUGUAUCCUGGAGAUCAUAUCAGUACAUAAAGAACUUAAGAAAAAUACUUUAUUGAGAUAUAAUUCACAUAUGCGACAAUUCACCCAUUUAAAAUGCACACUUCAGUGGCUUUUGGUUAUUCACAGAGUUGUGUCCAUCACCGCAAGUUUAGAAUAUUUUCAUUAUCCUGAAAAGAAACACCCACACUCCUUAAGCAUCAAUCCCCAAGUCCUCUCAUACUCUACCCCCCCCGCCCCCCCCGCUCCAAGCCCUUGGCAACCAGUAAUUUGCUUUCUGUCUGUAUAGAUUUUCCUCUUCUGGACAUUUCAUAUAAAUGGAACCAUACAAUAUGUGGCCUUUUGUGUCUGGUUUCUUCCACUUAGCAGGUUUUCAGGGUUCAUCCGUGUUGUAGCAUGUGGCAGUACUUCAUUUCUUUUUGUUGAUGAGUAAUAUUGCAUUGUGUGGACAUUGGGUUGUUUCCACUUUUUGGCUAUUACGAAUAAUGUUGCUAUGAACAUUCAUGUACAAAUUUUGUGUAGACGUAUGUUUUCAAUUCUCUUGAGUAUAUACCGAGGAGUAGAAUUGUUGGAUCAUAAGUUAAUUCUGUUUUUAAUCAUUUCAGGAACUGCUGGACUGUUUUUCAAAGUGGCUGUACCAUUUUACUUUCCCACCAGUAGGGUGUGAGGGUUCCAAUUUCUCCAUAUCCUUGCCAACACUUAAUUAUCUGUCUUCUUGAUUAUUGCCAUCCUAGUGGGUUUGGAAUGAUAUCACUGUGGUUUCGAUUUGCACUUCCCUGAUGGCUAAUAAUCGUAAACAUCUUUUUAAAAAAUUAAUUAAUUAAUUUUUGGCCGCGUUGAGUCUUCGUUGCUGCGCAUAGGCUUUCUCUAGUUGCGGUGAGCGGGGGCUACUCUUCGUUGCGGUGCGCGGGCUUCUCAUUGCAGUGGCUUCUCUUGUUGAGGAGCGUGGGCUCUAGGCACGCCGGCUUCAGUAGUUGUGGCACGGAGACUCAGUAGUUGUGGCUCGCGGGCUCUAGAGCUCAGGCUCAGUAAUUGUGGUGCAUGGGCUUAGUUGCUCCGCGGCAUGUGGGAUCUUCCCGAAUCAGGGCUCACACCUGUGUCCCCUGCACUGGCAGGCGGAUUCUUAUCCACUGCACCACCAGGGAAGUCCUUAAACACCUUUUAAUGUCCUUAUUGGAAAGAGCUUCCUUUUAAACUAACUUCAUAGUAUUCCCUUGUGUGGAUGUACCUUUGAACCAGCCCCUUAUUGUGGGCAUUUAGGUGGUUUCUAAGUCUUUUUCUAUCACAAACAGCGCCUCUUGUAUAUACCAUUGUUUGCUCACGUGUGAACAUAUCCACAGGGUAAAUAUCUAGGAGCUAAACUGCAGGGGCAAAGGGAAUGCUCCUGUUUUAUAAGUUUGAACUUAUGCCAUUUGUGUAUUUAAAAGUAAAUAUUGAGAACAAUCAGAUUUGUUUGAGGAACAUUCUAAUUUUUCCUCCAGUGUUGAUGGCUAGCAGGUUCACAUCAGAAUAAGCAGCCAUUUUAUUUCCCUAUUUUAUUUUGGCUAAACCUUGCAUAAUUCAAGACUGACUUUUACAUAGACUUGAAUGUCAGGUUGAGGCAGGGGUUCAGAGCACAUAAACCUACAUUCAUUGUUCCAAAGUUUUCCCCUAGAGCUGCCUUUUCUGCUCCCUCAUAUUUAAUGCAGUGCUUGUUCCUAAAUAACCAACAUAGCAUAUCCUGGUGAUCAUUUGGCCUCCUUGAUGGUCUAUUAUGGUUAAGAGCUUGAGCUGUUAUGAUUAAGAGCAGCUGUGUGAUCUUGGGCAAGUUACUCAACCUCUCUGUGCUUUAGUUACCUCCUCACUAAGAUGGGAGUAAUAGUAGCAUCCACCUCACAGGAUGAUUAUGAGGAUUAAAUGAGUCAGUUCAUGUGAAGGGCUUAAACAGUGCCUGGCACAGUGUGGUUAUCUAAUCUGUCUGAAAUUGAUGAUUUUCAGGGAAGAUUUUCCAUACCAGCAUUAGCGUCACCACUUAAAGAACUCUUUCGUGACAUUCUCAUUGGCUACAAAAAAGAGCUUUUGGGGUAACUCUUUAUUUUAAUAUAAUUAUAAACUUACAGCAAAGUAGCAAGAAUAGUACAAGAGAUUCCUGUGUACUCUUCAGCCAGAUUUGUCAACUGUUUGCUCCAUUUGUCUUAUCAUUCUCUCUUCUCCCCUCCUCUCCCCGUCUCCAUAAGUGCGUGACACACACACACACAGACACACACACACACACACGCGCGCGCGCUGUGGUUUUUUUGUUUUUUGUUUUUUGUUUUUACGCUACACGGGCCUCUCACUGUUGUGGCCUCAUCGGCAGGCGGACUCUCAACCACUGCGCCACCAGGGAAGCCCUACGCUGUGAGAGUUCAUUUGAGAGUUCAGUUGAACAUGACGUCCCUUUACCUCGCAAUACUUCAGUGUGUAUUUCCUAAGAAAAAGAACAUUUUGUUUCAUAAGCACAGUACAACCAUCAAAACCAAGAAAUUUAAUGAGGAUAUAGUACUCUUAUCUAAACCCCAGUUCAUAUUCCAAUUUCAUCAAUUGUCCCAAUAAAAUUUAUUAUUGCCAUUUUUAUCCCCGGCUCAGGAUCUAGUUCCAAUCAUGUGUUACGUUUAGGUGUUAUGUCACAGUUUCCUUUUAAACAGUGAAUGUUUCCAUAACAACACAAAGGUCCAACUUUCUCCCGGAAGGCUUGAUGCCUGCAAGUCAGCUGGGUUCCAGCCGGGAUGGUCAGCGCACGUGGCGCCAUCUUGUGGUAACAGCACGAAUAGAGUUUAUAAAUCGUCUCCUUGGGCAGCUGUGAAGUGAUUUCACCUAAAAAGAAAUUAGGUGAUAUUCAUAUCAUCUCAUUUUUUCUUAAUAAUGUGGGAAACUAUGUUUUAAAUAUUUUUCGGUCUUUCCUGAUGGCGCAGUGGAUAAGAAUCCGCCUGCCAUUGCAGGGGACACGGGCUCAAGCCCUGGCCCGGGAAGAUCCCACAUGCCCCGGAGCGAUUAAGCCCGUGUGCCACAACUACUGAAGCCCGCACGCCUAGAGCCCGUGCUCCGCACAAGAGAAGCCACCGCAAUGAGAAGCCCGCGCACCACAACGAAGAGUAGACCCUGCUCACCGCAACUAGAGAAAGCCUGUGCACAGCAAUGAAGACCCAACACAGCCAAAAAUAAAUAAAAUUAAAUCUUAAAAAUAUAUUUUUUUCUCAAUUCAAAUAAUCCACAUACCUUAACUUAGCAUAAAAUGAGAUUUUGCUGUAUCUCAAAUCUGGACUCACGCAGGUGAAGUCCAGUGCUGUGAGUAAAAACGAGGACUUGGCCUGAGACAUCUUUGGGAAUGGAUCUGGGCGCCACAGUCUGGCUAAGUGAUAUUUUGCAAGAGACUUCCCCUCUCUGGGCCUAUGUUUACUUCUGCAAAAUAGGCCUUACAGAGACUUCUACCUGCAGGAACAUAUUCAGGUCAUGGAUAUAGUUACCAGCACUGUGCCUGAUAUGUGGGAAUUCUUCAAUAAAGGUUAAGAGAUUAUUAUUAUUUGUUCAACUUUUUGUGAGUAGACAAGUUCAGACCUGAAGUAAAAUUCACCCCAGUACAGAGCUUUAACUUUCCUAAUCAAAACCACAUUCAGUCAACAAAUAUUUAUUGAUCCCCAAGUCCCAACUGUGUGUUAGGCAUUGUUCUAGAUGCUGGGAAUACAGCCCAAGACAAGUCUUUGCCCUCAUGGGCAAAUUUAUGUUCUGGUUUUGGGGGAAGACAGUUACAAAAUUUUUUUAAAAAUUCUUUAGUGUUAAGUGCUAGGUAGAGAAUUCAAAUAUGCUGAAAAGAAGUGACAGUGUGGCUCUUUUGGAUUUGGGGUGACCAGGGAAAGCCUCUCUACAGAGAUGAGAUUUGAACUGAGUUCUGAAAGACAAGAAGGAGUCAGUCAUGCAAAGAUCAGGAUCAGGGGGGUGACCAGUCCAGGCAAAAGGAACAGCAAGUGCAAAGGCACUGCGGUAGGAACAAGCUUGUCUUUUUGGUGGGGCAGAGAAGAGUUUUGUGUGUCUAGGAUAUGGUGGUCAAGGGUGAGAGUAGCUUGAGAUGAAGUUAGUAAGAUAGGGGCAGCUCACAUAGGUCCCUGAAGACCAUGGUGAGGCCUUUAGCUUUUCUUUCAUGCGGGAUGAGAAGCCAUCUAUGUGGUCAGAGCAGAUCGAUAAGGUGUUCAGUCUUAAGAGUAGAAAAAGUUUUAUCCCAAGGUUUGCACUAAAGCACAUUUAGCCUCACCUUACACGUUUUGGAAAUCUGCGAUGUGUUAAAAAGUUGAAUGUGCAUGGUGCAUGGUAUCUUCUAUUAGAAUUUUUGAACGAUAAAACAUUUUAUAAAAAGGAAAUUGGAACCAACAUUUACAGAAUCCCUUAUCUGUACUACUGCCAAACACUUAAAAUGACUCUAAAAGGAUCUUUCCAACACAGUAGCAUCUAGGGUGGGGCUUAGUAACUUCUGGCUGCGGCGUCAAAGAUAUUAUUUCAACAUUUCUGUAUAGUGUGGGAAACUCUUUUAAAUAAAAAAAAAUUUUUUUAACA